CAUCAGUUCACCUAGAUACUACACCAUUUUGAUCACAGGAACUUAUCAACCAUGCAGGCACACGUUGAGGCUCCAUCACCAUGGCCUGAUUUCCUUAGGAGCGGCUGCUACUAGGAACACCCCUGAUUGAUUGAUGGCUUAAAGAAUGAAUUGUCCCUGAGAAAUUAUGAAAAGCUCCAAGGUAGUGGAAAGAUGACACAGUCCCAGUAGAGGUCAUGUUGGUUUUGGUUCAGCGUGGUGCAUAGUUCCGAAGCAUGGUUCCCCAUUGGCUCUUCAUAGUUCAAGUCACGUGCGCGAGCCAGGGCCGCAAUUUUCCCUCCCGAGCAUCUCCCCAGGCCUUCUGGUGAUUCCGCGGGAACAGUCGGCCAUUGCUGGUACCGCAGUAUCCAAGAUGCAGAAGGUCAUUCGAAGGACCGCCCUGGCGCGGAACCAGGCCCAGCGGAAAGUUAUCCGAGCGACCAAAUCAGCUCAACGCGAGGACCUCAAGGACACUCUAAGGCAGCGGUUUGCCUAUAAUCGUCUGGAGAUCGAUAACCUCCGCGCGGAGAGACAGCGACGCCGCGAGGACUGGCUGCGUGGGCCCUUGGCGCCCCAGCGCGAUGCUGGUCUUGAAGGAAGGCAAUUCGGCGCUUUGAGCCCACAGGCAAUGAACCCUCCGUCCGUCCCCGAGCACCUGCGGAGGAAAUACAUCAACAUUGCCCCCGGUGACCGGGUAUGCAUCAUGAAGGGAAAGGACAAGGGCAAGAUCAACGAGGUGACUCGGGUGGAUGCGAGCACCGAAACCGUUGUGGUUAAGGAUCUCAACAUGGCCGAUGUGCACUUUCCCGACUGGCUGAACGAACAGUAUGGAAACUCGACUCCCUUCCAGUCAGUCAGCAUCCCUCUAUCCAUUGACGACGUCCGCCUCGUCGUCGCUCUCGAUGAUCCGGAUACCGGCUCAACGCGAGAUGUAUUGGUCGAACAUGUUCGCGGAGGGGAACCUUUCCUCGAACGGGCAUACGGUACCGAUACUCCCCGACACACCAGAUAUAUCGCCGGUGAAGACAUCGAGAUCCCAUGGCCCCGAAGUGACCCCACAGAGUUGAAGGACGAAGAGUGGGAUACGCUCCGCAUGGAGGUCGAGACGCCGACCUGGAUGCCGUCGCUGCAUUAUGCCCCAUUCCCUCCCAGCGUCCUGGAUGAGCUCCGCAACAAAUUCUCGAAGUACCGAACGAGACACGACGUGGACUGGGUGGAAGCUAAGAAGAUGGAGGACUACAGGAGGGAAUAUCUUCAAAGCCGGUCUUUGUUGACACCCAAGGGCGAAUUUAUGGAGAUGCUCAAGGCCAAGAGGCAGGAGCGCCAGAACGCACGAAAGGAUGCUGAGGGGAACUUCAUCCUGGAUGAUCAGACGGUCGGAUUCAUUGAGAACUUCAUGAAGCAGAAAGCGACCAAGAAAGCCUAAUUGCCUGCUGGAAUCUCAUAUGGUGUCUGAAGUGGGCGAGUGAGCCUGGGUCUUUUCUGUUUUCUUUCCGAGUUCUUUUAAUUGGGUGUACACAAUUAUACUACUGUAGCAUAGAAUAUGAAUGUAUAAGAUCAAUCUGC